AUGUCAUCGUCAAAGGACACGGCUCACUGCAAAGACUCGACGUCGAACUUACUUAGGUUAUUCAACGACGGGCGUCCCGAUCAUCGUGUGGUCACUAGACGAGACCUGAUCACGGACUACCCUGCAGGUAACGACGACGACAAUGAUAACAGUCCGCAAUCUUCAAACUCUGACGGCGCCGUUGCCAUAAACAAUUAUUACACGUGGAACUCGUCCAGAACGAACUCUCCCAUACACAAGGAGAGGGCACAAAUCGUAUCAGCACUGCAUUCGGUAAAGUCGACAUCGGAGUUGUGUCGCGGGCUUAUGACGUGCAACGGCUUCAAUAGAUCACACAGAAUGAAGGAAAUCAUGUCCAUGUGCGCAGACCGCAGGGGCGAUUUUUCAGCGGACGAAUACCAUCACCAUCACCACGACCACAGUAACAGCGGUAACGAGCAGGACGCCGCCGAAACGGAUACCAUGACGUCGACCAAUUCAAUCGGUGGGGCAACGUCGAACCGACGUUCUUGGUCGUCCUCAUAUCUCGGGGGUGCGUCGCGUUGCUGGUCUUGUACGGCCACCGACCGCGAAACAGACGAAGACGACGACGACAACGAUGAUGACAAUAAAAACAACGCGAAUGCGGACGAGGCACACUGCCGUCGGACGUCCAAAAGGCAAUUGUCGUGGAUACGGAAGUUGAACCGGAAGUUCAGAAACAGUCGCGACAGCCGAUAA